CACCUUUACACCUCUCACCUCACUUGAUACUCCCCAUUGCUACCCAUAACACAACCCGCGCAUCGUUUUUCUCAUCUCGCGCAUCUUCGCCAGCUUCACGCGCCUCAAUUGAAUCCUUUCUCGGACUUUCGCGGAAUACAGCUCUCCAUACCGUCAUCACGUCAUCUCAUUGGCUCUUGAGCUUCAUCUCUCUUAGACAUACAUAAUGGCCGACACAGAGAUUCAGAAGGGAGACCAAGUUUCCUGGCAAUGGGGUGGAGGCGCACCUGGUGGCCAGGUUGCCGAGGUGAAGGAACAGGGCGAGCUUGCUAUCGAGUCCAACCGGGGCAACACAAUUAAGAAAAAUGCCGACCCGGAAGACCCUGCUGUGCACAUCUCCCGCUCGGGAAAUGAUGUUGUCAAGCGUGCCCACGAACUCAAUAUCGAGGAAAAGGCCGGCGCCAACCAGUCCGAGCAGCCAAACGGAGAGUCAAAGAAAGAAGACGACAAGCCCACCGAGUCAAAGAAGGAAGAUGACAAGCCUGCCGAAUCAAAGGAAGACGACAAGCCUGUCGAAUCAAAGAAGGAAGAUGAAGAGAAACCUGCUCAGAAAGACAGCGAGAAACAGGGGGAACAACCCACUGAGGAACUUGAGAAGAAGGAUGAGGAGAUGAAAGACGCUCCCGAAUCCGAAGGAAAAGAGGCCGAACCAGAGAAGCCGGCUGCUGAGGACAAGAAGGACGGGGCAGAUAAGCAGAACGGCGUCUCCGAACCAACGGACGAUGCCAAGGAUGAACCAAAGAAUGUGGAAGUUGAAGAACCAAAGACUGGAGAGAAGCGUAAGGCUGAGGAUGAGCCUGCCGAAACCAAUGGAGCGGAAGACAAGGACGAUGAGGAAGAGGAAGAGGAAGAAGCCUCUUCGAAGAAACAAAAGACUGAGGAUGGAACGGCUAAAAAGCCCGGCCGACCUAAGGCAUCAGAGAAAAAGGAAAAGAAAGAGCCUGCGAAAAAGCGUCAACCAAAGCCGGCGGCUACAGCUGAUGGCCAGCCUAGACGAAGUGCUCGCAAUAGGUCCUGAUUGAGGAUCGCAUGUAUCAGCGAUGCUCGAGUGAUGUAGGCACCAGGGCCUGACAGAAACUGUCUGUCGCUGGAUUGAAAGAUGAUCGUGUUGCAAUCGACGUCUUUUUUCAGCAUAUCCGAUCUGCAGAAGGAAAGCUACGCGUUUUGAGUAGCUGUAGCGGAACAACAACGGCGGAACGAAUAGAUGAAACUUAUUUCUAACUUGGGUUUGGGUUCUGGAAUACACGCGCGUGUAGGGGGGAGGUUGGUUUGCCAGGACAGCGCACUGCGGGCAGCAGGUUCUUCUUGGAAUUUCCUAGUCUUCUUAUCCUUGACAAAAUAUCUCUUCAAUCGCGUUCUCGGGUCUGUGCAAUAAAUUUAUUAGAGCCAUGAGGUUUCCUUUGCAUGUCCGGAACGGCUUCACGGGAAUACGCUGGCUUCAUAAAAGAACAAAAUGUCGUUUAAUAAUGAUGAUUCAAGUUUGCUAUUGUGCUCCUAUCUUUAAUGAUUCU